AGUUGCAUUAAUAAUGACAUGUCCUAUUGAAUUAUAUCCUGCUUCGUCAAAUAAUCAUAUUACAUUUCCUUGUUUAAUAGUUAGAUAAGAUAAGAUGUCAUAUGGAGGUUUCUUUAGAAACGAAAAAGCUUAAUACAAUUAAUACUCGCUAACAUUUCUGAUUGAUUUAUCUGUAGGAUUAGUGUACAAUACAUACGUAUUUAUCUGCGUAAAUGUAAAUUGAAAUCAUUAGAAAUUGUAAGAUCAUUAUCAGUUAGAUUUUCCAUUCAUUCUUUAUAAAAAUUUAUAAAAAACACCAAACAUAUAUAUACAGAGAAAGAAAUUUACUCGCGUGUAUACGCACAUAAAUGAUUUAACCUUAAACGUGGACACCUGUGUUUUUUAACUAAUUUUAGACAGUAGCGCCACGUAUAGUAUUUUGAGAACAUUAACCUUUUUUACUUGACUUUAACCCAGCAUAUUUAGAAUUUCAUAUUUUCUAAACAUGCUACCAGAAUCAGACGUUUCUGCGCUAUGCAUCGAUGUGUCGAAAACCACGCCAGUUAGCGGUGAAUUAAAAAAAACUAAAGAAGAAAAUGAAAUUGAUCCUGAAUCAGGUAAAUGGACCCCUUUAUUGGUCUUGGCAGGAGCUACAAGUUGUUUGGGUUCCGCGUUACCAGCUGGAUACAGCUUAGGUGUAUUAAACAAUCCUGCAGAGAUAAUUCAGAACUUUUGCAAUCAAAGUAUUAUCGAAAGAUAUGACAUACAAUUGACUCAUAAUGAGAUGAUGAUAUUAUGGGCUACCAUAGUAUCAAUAUUUUUAAUUGGUGGAGUAACUGGAUCUUUGAUAGCAAGUUGGUUAGCGGAUAGAUUCGGAAGAAAGGGAGCAUUGAUGACUGGAAAUGUAUUUGGAAUCUUAGGUGCUAUUCUCUUUCUCCUUGUACCAACAUUAAAUUCUGUUGAAUUGUUACUUAUAGGCAGACUAAUUGUUGGUCUGUCAGGAGGAUUAGCUACUAGUUUAUUACCUAUGUAUAUGACAGAAAUAGCACCUCUUAAAUUAAGAGGUGCUGUUGGAGUACUAUGUCAAUUAGGCAUCACAUCUGGUGUGUUUCUUGGACAAAUUGUAGGACUUGAUACAAUGUUAGGUACUGAAGAAAGUUGGCAUAUCAUGUUAGCAGGAUUUUCACUUUUAUGUGCAAUUGCGCUGCUUCUUACCUUUGCACUGCCAGAAAGUCCAAAAUAUUUAUACAUAAUUAAGGAACAACAGAGUAAAGCUCUUAAAGAGUUAAGUCGUCUACGUAAUAUGGAUAUUAUGUUAUUACAAAACGAAGUUGCUGGUUUACAACACGAAUUCGUGGCCAAAUCCUCGGCAGAUAAUUGGACGAUAGGUCGUAUAUUAAAAGAGCGCAGUGUUAGAUUACCUUUACUCCUAGUAUGUUCUCUUCAAUUUGGCCAACAAUUAACUGGUAUAAGUGCAGUAUUUUACUAUUCGAGUUCGAUAUUUAAAGAUGCAGGAUUAGGAACUACUGGAUCACAAUAUGCUACUCUUGGAACUGGCUUCGCUAAUAUUGCUAUGGCUGUGAUAUCUGUUCCUGUUAUGUCAUUAUUUCAUAGACGAAUUGUGUUAUUAUGUAGUUGUUAUUUGUGUAUCGGAUGUCUCAUCGUUUUAUGUACUUCUAUAGCUUUAAUCCAUACAGUUUCAUUUAUGCCAUGGGUAUGCAUAAUGGCAGUAAUGUUUUAUGUCAUCUUUUAUGGUAUUGGUCUUGGUCCAAUUCCUUUUUUUAUUGGAUCAGAAUUGUUUGAUGUUGGACCCAGACCUGUUGCAAUGUCUCUUGGAAGCGUUUGUAAUUGGGGUGGUAAUUUUAUUGUUGGAAUGUUAUUUCCAACGAUGCAAGAAUUACUCGGCCCUUACACCUUUCUUAUUUUUACAGGAUGUAUUUUACUUCUAGCACAAUUUGUUGGAUUCUAUUUGCCAGAAACACGAGGUAGAAGUACUAUGGAAGUUGCAGCAUCCAUUACGCAAGGAUUGAAAUCAAGGCCAAAUGCAAAGCCCGCUUAGAUAGUAAAUUUCUAAAAUAUUUGAACGUGAUGAUUAAUGAAAAAAGACGAUCUAUGUUAUAAAUGGUUUACUCCAUAAUCAAUAACGUUACGGAUAAAGUAAAGUGUUAUAAAAAGCAAUCAUGAAGGCAGUGGAAUCAUGAUUUAUUUGCGUGUUAUAUCAUUUGUUUUAUUGUGUAAUUUUUGACGGAAAAAAUUAACUUAUUUUAAUUGUAUAUAUUUACAUGAACAUGUACACAAUCUACAUUCCCAUUGUAUCCAGUACAAUGGAUUAUUUAUAUAAAUUUAAUACGUUUUACGUUCUCA